AUGAGUAGCGACACUAGCCCGAGCGAAUGCUCACUGGAAGAGCUCAUUUCAACGAUGCAGCCUACCCUGCAAGGCCCAGCUAUGGUUUUUGUGACUUUGCCUCCGGGGACGCAAUGUCCUGCCUACGUGCAGCCUAUCAUGACGUUUCGUGAAGUAGAGGGACAAACAUUGAUUCUUACAGCUGCUGAGGCACAGGAAGCGGGCUUGCCUAGCACCUAUGUCUGCCGUAUGAUUACACUCAACGUGCAUGCAUCGCUGGAAGCGAUUGGCUUCCUUGCAGCUAUUACCGCUCGUCUAGCUAAGGCCAAGCUCAGCGUGAAUCCCGUCUCGGCGUAUUACCAUGACCACCUAUUCGUGCCACAGGAUCGGGCGCAGGAAGCCCUGAAUAUCCUGCGAGAGAUGGCUGCCACGGCCCAGCAAUCACUGACGAGCAGCUCCAUGGCAUAA